AGGAUCCAGGCGCACGGCCCGAAGUGAGGGACCACUGGCUGGCGGAGGGCUGCAUCGAGCGGUCAGGCGCUGGCAGGGGAGGAACCUGCGCUCGGCGAGGAGUCGUUCGCUCAGUCGCACCCCCCCCCCCCCACCGCCCUGUCUGACCGGGACUCCGCGCCAGCAGGCGGCGGCCAGACCGAGCCCCAGCCCAGCGAACCGGGUGGCUCCCGACGGCGACCAGCCCCGCAAAGGGCCAGAGAAGGAGAAGGACGUGAAGGAAGGACGGCCAGCCCUGCAAUGGCGCUCGACUUCCUGGCUGGAUGCGCGGGGGGUGUGGCAGGCGUGCUGGUGGGACACCCCUUUGACACGGUCAAGGUGCGGCUUCAGGUGCAGAGCCUGGAGAAGCCACAGUACCGAGGGACCAUCCACUGCUUCCAGUCCAUCAUCAAGCAGGAGAGCGUGCUGGGCCUGUACAAGGGCAUGGGCUCCCCGCUCAUGGGGCUCACCUUCAUCAACGCGCUGGUGUUCGGCGUGCAGGGCAACACCCUGCGGGCCCUGGGCAGCGACUCGCCGCUGAACCAGUUCCUGGCGGGCGCGGCGGCGGGGACCAUCCAGUGCGUCAUCUGCUGCCCCAUGGAGCUGGCCAAGACGCGGCUGCAGCUGCAGGACGCGGGCGCGGCCCGCACCUACCGCGGCUCCCUGGACUGCCUGGCGCAGAUCUACCAGAAGGAGGGCCUGCGCGGCGUCAACCGCGGCAUGGUGUCCACGCUGCUGCGCGAGACGCCCAGCUUCGGCGUCUACUUCCUCACCUACGACGUGGUGACGCGCGCCCUGGGCUGCGAGCCGGGCGACCGCCUGCUGGUGCCCAAGCUGCUGCUGGCGGGCGGCACCUCCGGCAUCAUGUCCUGGCUCUCCACCUACCCCAUGGACGUGGUCAAGUCGCGGCUGCAGGCCGACGGGCUGCGGGGCGCCGCGCGCUACGAGGGCAUCCUCGACUGCGUGCGCCAGAGCUACCGGGCUGAGGGCUGGCGCGUCUUCACACGUGGGCUGGCCUCCACGCUGCUGCGCGCCUUCCCCGUCAACGCCGCCACCUUCGCCACCGUCACUGUGGUGCUCACCUACGCGCGGGGCGAGGAGGCGGAGCCCGAGGGCGAGGCUGUGCCUGCUGCCUCCUCGGGGUCCACGCUGGCCCAGCCCUCCAGCCUGUGACGCCUGACCCCCACGGCGUGGGGAGUGACCCCCGGGGCCCCUUGGCAGUGCCCAACACAGACAUAAACUGGGCCCUCUCCCGCCCGCCGCCCUGCCCAGCCGCUCAGGCCCCUCGGCCGGGCCACCUCAGCUGCGACCUCGAUGGGUUCAUUGUUCUCAGCUGCGCAGGGGGGC